UCAAUAUCAUGAACUCGCCACCAGAGCUGGCUUCACCGUCACCAUCGACCGAGUCUUCCGGCUCACCUCCUCCAGAUGAAACCCUAUCCGAACGCGCUGCCCUCGCCACAGCAUCCCAAACUCUCGCCAACCUUAGUCAGGCUAAAAGACGUCUCGCCUCAGGUCCAACGGCGAACAGAGACCUUAAGUCGAGGAGACGCGAUGACGGCUCCAAGAGGAGCUUCAUACAGGGUGACUUGGGUGUACGAGAAGGCGCAAGGAAGGAAGAGUUCGUUGAUAAUGACCUCAUGGAGAAAUUGAAACAAGAAUUCGGCGACCCAUUUGACGAGUCCGACUUAAAAGCACUUACGCAAUAGGCCUCGGACAGCUGCUUUGUUAUCUCUUAUCUUCUCUCAAAAAACUACUGUAUAUUUGUAAUUGCAUCAUAAUUUAUCUUCCAAAAAGGCCGCCAUUACAAACCUUCAUUAUUUUGUUUUCAUUUCCACAUUCUACACCAUUCGUCUCACAUUGUACAACAUUUCCGUUCGACCUAACUCCUUAUCUC